AUGGUCCACAGAAAUCAUAAGAAGUUUAUGGAACUUCUUGUAUGGAGUCAGAUUUAUAAAGCUGCUAUGCAGUUACAUGUCAUCUUCAACAUCUCAGAUGUUGAUUCUGAACUGGAAGGCACAAGAGUUGAUGACAUUAUCAAAGAGAUUCUUGUGCAUAUGUUAUCUGAUAUUGAUGAAUUCAAUGAAGAUGAGGAUAUUAUCUACAAUUCUGUAUUGACAGAUGUAGCAGACAGACAGUUGAUUGAAAGUGAUAUUCCAAAUAUGAAAGACAAUACUUUCCAGAUGAUGCCACACAUGAGGAUCAGAAAACAUGAGAAUCUCAGCUACUUUGUAAUUGCACUGAAAUUGUGGUGUGAACAGUCAGAGAUAUCUCAUCAGCAGUAUCAAUCACUUUGA